UGAGAAAUUAAAGAUUGCACAUCUGGGCUAUCUUUUUGACGAGGAGUGUACGCUCGAAGCUCACACAGUGACGGCCAGUGAAAUAAAUGGCAAGUGACAAGUAAGCAAGCUGCCAUCCACUGUCCAGUAGUGUAAUUAAUUAACAAAAUUGAUGGGAAUUUUUAGGCUUUCUGGUCAAGUAUGUAAAGAAAACAACUUUGCCCCACCACUCGCUGUUAACCAGCUACGUCUAUCCGUUUCUUCAAUGGAGUUCGCUCAUUCAGUAGCUUGUCACUUUGUCACAGUAGUUGCCAGAUUCGUUUGCCAAGCGGGCCAUCUGCUUCGCUGAAGUUUGGGGACAAGCGAGAUUUCUCGUUCAACGAACGAUUCAUUUUAUACAGACAUUAUUAAAAGCACAUUAUCUAAACCUUUUAAAAAACAUCGAUCGGGUCGUCAUAGCUUCAGACGAUUAAUAUUCCAACGAUGAGAAACUCUCCGAAAAUUCAAUGAUUUUGUGUCUCUUCUCCAAUCGCUUUAAAUAUAAUUUAAACCUGAGACCAGACCAGCAACAAAAAUUGCAACAAAUACGCGACACGGUCCGUGAUACACGACAUUUACAUCCUCCCUUUUAUACGAAGCAAGAAACAACAAACAACAAAGCGGAACAUUAACGUGAGUAUCAUCGUACGAAGUAACUGUAAGACGCGAGUAGGUGAAAAGAAACGGUGGAAUUACUUCGAAUUAAGCGGUCAAACGAUUCGUCGAGUGGCAUCAUGGACAAGGUGCUCCUUCCUCUUCGCUAUUCAACCUGUUUACGCGGGCUGUGCCCGCCCGCCUUACCUUGCCACUAGCCUUGCUUAGUGUUGUUUACUCGCGUCGACUGUUCGCCACACCGGGCUUCGUUUCUCCUGCUCGAGAUCGGGCGCACAAGCAACCGACCAACUCUCGCAAUUAUCCAGAUUUCGCUAAGAAGAAGGAUCUUUCGUUUCGAAAUUAAUCGAACGACCAUCAGCAGACGAUCGCUUCUUGGAAGAGGCUAAAGGGAUGAACGGAUCGAACGGACGAACGGAGAACUCGUCGAAACUUUCUCAAUCUUUCGACAAUCGUCGAAAUUAUGCAAUUGAAACCGUUUGUUUGAUUUUACUGGGUUACGCAAUAGUUCCAUGUUGGGGGUCAACGAUGCUGAUAGAAAAGAAACACGAGACUCCUAUGCACAAGGUGGAGCUCACUCAGAAGGGAUACAUUCAGUUUCUACGAUGGGAGCUGCCAGUGCCGGAGAUGACGGAGUUCACCUUCUGCCUGUGGAUGCAAUCGAACGAUCUCACUCAUUCUCAUCCCAUAUUUUCCUACUCGAAAGACGAGCGAGAGCGACUGGUACGAUCGUGGAUAGCGCCACAUGGCAGGAGCAUUCACCUUGAGAUCGGAGGAAAACAGGUGCUCGCGAUGCCGACCGAUAUUCUAGAGAAUCGAUGGUACCAUUUCUGUCUCAGCUGGGAGAACCAGGCCGGGCUCUAUGGACUCUGGAUCAACGGCCAGCUCUGGGCUCAAGGUCAUUCCGAUGAGACGAUAGGACAGACGAUCCCGAGCGGAGGAGACAUCGUGCUGGGACAGGAGUACACGGAUUUUGACAAAGGGCUGGAAGACGGUAUCGAGGGUUCCGUAUUGGGCUUCAACCUUCUUUUAGCUUCGGCUUUCGACAGGCCGCACACAGACUACCAGCUCGAAGCCUCCUACGAUUCGACUCGGGUGUCCACCUCGAGUUACGCCACGGUUCCGCUUUUUGCGAGGAUUCCAACGAAACUGAUGCAACGCGCCAUCGAUUAUGGAAUGCGAACGAAAACGCCUUACACAUUCCUGCCGACUAAUUCUAAUAAACUUCGAGGACAUGGUUACGACGAGAAUGCCGUGUCUCUGCCUCUGCUGAUCGGCACAGCUAAAUCCACCUCUUCUGGAACGACUGAUCCAUGGCGCGAUGCUACGAGCAUAGAACUGUCCAGGUUGCAAGAACAACCUCUAGGACUGCAAUUGAUAAAAUUGUCGUACACACACUGUGAAAUUGGUAGAGGAAGUCCUUACAUUGGUGGUAAACUGAUGUUGAUUUCCUGGACCAGAACUGCAGUUCGUAUUUUUGGUGGAGCUUUGUUGAAGAACGUUGCCAGCGAUUGUGGCAAUUUCUAAGAAUUCACAGUAGCAGCUCUUUCAUACUGUACGAUAGAAUCGAAAUUGUUGUAGGCACAGCCAGUAACCACGUUUUCGAACGUAGAGAAAGCGUUUAAAUUUAAAGAGUGGGGCAUCAGACUGGAGUUGUAAGGUCGUCGUCGCCAAUAUGCUCAUACGCAUAUGUAUUAUAAUGCGUGAAAGAUAGAACAUUGGUGCAAACGUAUUUACAUGUAAUGUCACAGUUACUCGUCGUAUCGAAGUUCCAACGUCUCUGUACUUAUAUCGGGUUGGCAACUAAGUGAUUGCGGAUUUUGUCAAUACCGCCUAAUGACAAACUCCACUUAAACUAAACACUUAGUUGCCAACUAUUUCUGUAUUUCUUUGCCAUUUCUAUAUUUAUCGAAUUGUAUAAGAGGGUACGAUUUAAGUGUCGUGUCGCUGAAACGAAUCUGUGAACGUAUUAGAUUAUGCCAAAAGUUUCCUUCGUUUUACAAGGAACUAGUAGAUGCACAACAUUUUUCCCUUUAUGUUAUUUUAUUGAAUUAUGUUUGAUCUAUUUCAUUCUAUUACUACAAAAUGGAUCAUACAUAAAGCCAUAAAAUAAUAUAAAAUAAAAAAAUGUUGUGCAUCUAUUGUUUCACUUAUGAAACGAAAGAAACUUUUCGGAUAAUCUAAUACAUGUUACAAGGUAUUUGUCAAAAGCUAUACCUUUAGCUAGCAAAGAUCAUACUAUUUUAUAAAUUAUAAUACGCACACACGAUGCGAGCACAUCUAUACCAAUGUAUAGCACUAAUUGUAUACGUAUGUUAAGACCGCUAUUCACGCUGUUUAUUUAUUUUUCACUAACAAUGUAUGUAUUAACUGCGUAUGUUUGCAAUAAAUGUCUUGUACUUCUCUAUA